CUGCAUGGCAGGGGAAAUUACAUCACAGGCUCUAAGUUGGGAUGUGAUGCCGAAAUCACCCAAAAAACUGUUCAGGAACAGACAGGUACAGAUAAGUUUGACACCAGCGACAGCUCAAAGUCCAGUUGCUGAUGUUACAAAACCGAUGGUGCAAGACAGACUACUAGACUGCUGUUUGAUUUGGGGAACUCUAUAGGUCAACAAUGAGACAGGCUACAGGACACAGCAGUGACAACCCGAGGAACAAUGCAACCCAGACUGGAUCUGUUGUUUUUAUCUCUAACCCUUUGAUGACUGAUAUUGAGUCAGAUUGGUCCCCCAUUCAUGAUGCAGCCUACAAUGGACGUGUUCUCACACUGAGAAACCUAAUAGCUCAGGGAACGUGUGUCAACCUGGCCACUCUAGACAGAGUCUCUCCCCUUCAUGGAGCAUGUCUUCGGGGACACACUGAUUGUGCCAGGUUACUGAUAGAAAAUGGUGCAAAUGUGAAUGUCCCCACGUUGGAGAAGACCACCCCUCUGUCGGAGGCCUGUGCCCGGGGCUACACUGCCUGUGUGACCCUGCUCCUCCAGCAUGGAGCCUCACCCCAGGGAUCAAGCCUCUCAGCCUCCCCCAUCCACCAGGCCGCAGCCAAAGGUCACCCAGAGUGCAUUGAGUCUCUGGUUCAUCACGGGGCAGAUGUAGAUCAGCACACUGACCAAUCAGGCUCGCCGCUUUACACCGCCUGCACCAAUCAGCAUCUGAGUACUGUGAGGAAACUGCUUCAGCUUGGUGCUAGUGUGAACAGGAGUAAGGAUGGGGACUCUCCUCUGCACGCGGCAGCCCGUCUGUCCAACCCUGAGCUGGUGUCUGUUCUCCUGGAGCACGGGGCUGACUGCAGCCGCAGAGACACACAGGGCAAGCAACCCCUGGACCUGGCCCCUCCCAACAGCCCCGUGGAGAAACUACUGGGCAACAAAGGAGGAGUGUCUCGUCUGAUGCAGCUGUGCCGGCUGUCCAUCAGGAAGGUUUUGGGAAAGGCCAGACUUAUUUCAAUCCAUGGUCUUCAGAUCCCCACAGAACUGAAGCAAUACCUUCUGUAUCAAUCGGAUCUAUGGGGUACAUCCAUAAAAUGAACAUAUUUUUUUAAUGUUCUAUCUCAAUGCAUUUCUACUUUCGGUCAGUAGGUGGCACCUUAGCACCAGCAUCUGUGGAGAGAGGACUUAAAAACGGAUUGUGAAUGUUGAUUAGUGGGAUGGUUUGUGCCACAUUAUCAGAUUUGUUCACAUGAAAGAUAUGAGAAAGAAGAGAGAACUUUAGAUUUUAUGCAUUCAUAAAUGAAUUAAUAAAUAUGUACUGUUACUUGAAAA